AAGGCUGGAAAGGUUAAGGCUCCCGAGCAGGUCAUCAGCUUCGGUCCCCAGGUCAAGCCUGGAGAGCUCGUUUUCGGUGUGGCUCACAUCUACGCCUCGUACAACGAUACUUUCAUCCACGUCACUGAUCUGACUGGCCGUGAGACCAUCGUUCGCGUUACUGGUGGUAUGAAGGUCAAGGCUGACCGCGACGAGUCGUCGCCGUACGCUGCCAUGCUUGCCGCCCAGGACGUUGUUGCCCGCUGCACUGAGCUCGGCAUCACCGCCCUGCACGUCAAGAUCCGCGCCAUGGGUGGAACCCGCACCAAGUCCCCCGGCCCCGGUGGACAGGCUGCCCUCCGUGCCCUUGCCCGCGCUGGCAUGAAGAUCGGUCGCAUUGAGGAUACCACUCCCAUUCCCACCGACUCUACCCGUAAGAAGGGUGGUCGCCGUGGUCGCCGUCUGUAA